UUUUAAUUUUGCUCUGUAUGAACAGAAGCACAAGGUGAUGGUGAGAGCUUCAACAUUACGUACUACGGUGGGUUCAAGCGCCUCUUCGUCAUGGGCAACGACAACACCAAGUCAUGUUGGGCCGUCUUCAAUUGGGUCUGAUUUACCUUCAUCCCCUCCUGAUAUAGCAGAUUCUACUAUAGUGAGGAAGAAGGGUCGGGGGGUGACUAAAAAUGUUAAGUGGUUUAAAAAGUUUAAGACGGGAGAAAAGAGUGCAGUAACGAUCGAUAGUGACUUAAGAAGAGCAGUGGCAGGUGAUGUUGUACCUUUUAUAACUGAAAUGGGAGUGGUUCUUCGGCAGUACACAGUAUUGUCAAAUAAAAGAUGGAAGGAAGUGCCAAAUCAUAUAAAGCAAAAGAUGUUUGAUGAUUUACUUGGAAAGUUUGAUGGCAUACAAGGAGAAAAAGCGAAUGUGUUAGACCACCUCAAGAAGAUGUACAGAGAAUGGCGACAUCGUCUGCAUCGAUAUUAUUUACGUUUUAAUAGUGACGAGGAAAGGCUAACUAAGGUUCCAGAAAAUGUCACAGAUAAUGAUUGGAGAUAUUUGGUCAAAUAUUUCGGUUCGGAGGAGUUUAAGUAUCUAUCAGCUCGUAAUAAAAACAAUCGGGCCAAGCAAGGAAUUUCUACUAUCAAGGGUAGAACAUCAUUUGUUAGGAUUAGAUAUAAUAUGAGGGAUCCCGUGACUCAAGCGGAGCCAAAAAUGACAGACUAUUGGAAAGCGACGCAUUUACGACAUAAUGGAGAUUGGAUGGAUGGUCGAUCAAAGGAUGUUAUGGAGACGCUUGAGGAUAUUGAAAAGGAGCAGUUGCAAAGCGGGGGACCUCUACUAACCCCUGAGGAGCAAAUGUCUAAAGCUUGUGGGACACGUUCAGGGUAUAUUCGGGGAUUAGGGUGUGGACCUCGUCCUAUUUCGCGUAGAGGUGCAGAAUUUAGAGAGGCUUAUCAGCGAGAGGUUGAGGAUUUGAGGGGUGCAUUAGAGCGUCAACAACAAGAGGCGGAGAAUCGAGAGCAACGUUUAAGGCUUGAAGCAGAGGAGCGCGAACAUCGCUUAAGGCUUGAGGCCGAGGAGCGAGAGCGUCGUUUUAGGAUCGAGGCAGAGGAGCGGGAAUGUCGCUUACGAUUAGAGGCAGAGGAGAGGGAGCGGCGGAUACGCUCAGAAAUGCGUUCAGAAAUUUGUGCAGAAUUUCAAGCUCAGUUGCAAAUGAUCAUGGCGCAUAUUCCUGGACUGCAGAAUGUGCAUUCUGCAUCAUCAACAUCAGAUGGCUAUCCUAUCAAGGGGAGAGGGCCUCAACUAGCUCCUAGACAACCUUGCUAAGAAGUUUAAAAGUCAUUGCAAGUUCCGCGUCACGCUCGUUGCUCGCUGAUUGGAGGGCUCAAGGGAAGUUGUUGGUACGUGGGGAGAAGAAGUUUUGCUGUGUUGCUGUAAGAUUACUACCAGGGGAAGCUAAAUCCCAGCUCUAGAGAGGUUUUCGAACUACCUGGGGCUGAGUUGGUGACCCGGGAGACUAGUUUGGAAGGUGUUCCAACUGAGGCGAGAGUGCGAUCGACUCUUGGAGUGACUUUAGCUGACUUGUGAGAACUCUUGAAGACUCAACUUGAGGAUUGGGACCUCGUUGGACUGAUUAUUGGGACAUUUUGUGACUGAGUUGAGCUUAGUAUGAGGUGGGUUUGACCUAACCAGAACAAGUGGAGCUUCCCUAUGUUCUAUAUGUGCUAUAGACUUAAUACCGUUGUAUGAUUCCGUGAGUGUUAUAG